AUGAGCAAUAGCGACUUGCAUGACUCGAUGCGAAAGUUUUUCGCCGUUGAAGAUGCCGUAGUGACAAAACAGCUUGAAGCCGAGGAAGACAAGCGGGCACGCAGUAUUCUGGAAGCAACCACGGUGCGGAAAGAAGCCCAUAACGUAAAAUUUCCGAAUAGUUUUCCGAUGGCGGUGAGCAGGUUGAAAGGCCUGCAUAAACGGUUGGCUAGAGAUCCUGAGCUUCGCAGGAAAGUGAAUGAGCAGAUAGAGAGCUACGAGAAGAAGCAGUACGUCCGUAAGGUGUCACCGGAGGAACUUAAGCAAGUGAACCCCGAGCGUGUGUGGUACUUGCCGUUAGGAGUGGUAACGAAUCCCAGGAAGCCAAACAAAAUUCGGAUGGUUUGGGAUGCUGCUGCCAAGGCUAAUGGUGUCUCAUUCAACGACAUGCUGCUAAAGGGUCCGGAUCUACUGGUUUCGCUUGUGGAGGUGUUGCUGCGGUUUAGGGAAGGCAAGAUUGCAGUGUGCUCAGAUAUCCGAGAAAUGUUCUUGAGGAUUCUGAUUCGUGAGGAGGAUAAGUGGUCCCAAUGUUUUCUAUGGCGCGCCAGUCCGGAAGAUGAAGUGCAAAUCAUUGUUAUUAACGUCGCCAUGUUUGGGGCAACUAGUUCUCCCUGCACAGCACAGUUCGUAAAGAACAAAAACGCACUUGAUUACGCAGAACUUUACCCCAAAGCGGUAGAUGCGAUUAUUAGGAACCACUACGUCGAUGACUUCCUCAGCAGUGUCAAUUCUGUGGAGGAAGCCGUACAGCUCGUCCGGCAAGUGCAGCUAAUACACGCAGCCGGUGGAUUUGAGUUCGGAAAAAUUCUAUCCAGCUCACAGGAGGUGCUCGAUCUACUCGGAGAGACUGGUACGUCUGACAGCAAGUCACUCAAUUUAGAGAAGGAACGGGUCUACGAGCGAGUCUUGGGCGUGGUAUGGGUUCCCAGGGCGGAUCACUUCACUUUCGACCGAACAGGGCUGGAAGGAAUUUUAGAAGGCGGAAUGAUUCCAACGAAGCGCCAAGUUUUACGCACAGUUAUGAAAUUAUAUGAUCCGCUGGGAUUCGUAGCGCACUUUGUAGUGCAAGGAAAAAUAUUGAUGCAAGAAAUCUGGCGAACGGGUACUAACUGGGACGAGCCCAUAUCAGAGUCUUUGCACAACAUGUGGAGUAGGUGGAUCGAGGUGUACCUGACGAUUAGCGAGAUGAGAGCUCCCCGAUGCUUUCUUGGUCAUCUUUUGCCGGAGGAAAUCGACGAAAUCGAACUACAUGUGUUUACGGACGCGAGCGUAUCGUCCUGUGCUUGUGUGACCUAUCUGAGGAUGUCGUAUAGCGGAGGCGGCUGGUGUUCGCUGGUUGCAGCAAAGACAAAAGUUGCGCCACUUCGGGCGCUCUCAAUCCCCCGCUUGGAGCUCGAGGCUGCCAUGAUGGGAUCACGCUUGUUGCAGAAAAUUCGUACGGCACUUACCCUCAACAUUCGAAGACACUUCCUGUGGACGGAUUCAGCUACAGUGCUCGCAUGGCUCCGCUCAGACAGUCGUCGAUAUCACCAAUUCGUUUCUUUCCGGGUUGGAGAAAUUCUUUCGCUCACCAGCGUGGACGAAUGGCGCUAUGUACCAUCGAGGCUCAAUGUUGCGGACGACGCCACAAAGUGGAACUCGGGAAACCGUUGGUACCAGGGACCACCGUUUCUACGAAACCCAAAAGAGCAGUGGCCUGGGCAGUCAGUAGUGGAGGAUGAAGCGGAUGUAGCAUGCGAAGAACUACGUUUAGUAGGCGUACAUCAUGCGGCCGAGGAAGUAAUUCGCGUCGAGCGCUUUUCCAAUUGGAAUCGUUUGCUUAGAGCGAUGGCUUAUGUUCACCGGGCAGUCAGGAUCUGGAAGCGAACUCUAGGGAGAAAAAGUCGACGGCAUGUCCUGGAUCAGGAAGAUAUCGUGAAGGCGAUGGAAACACUUUGGCGCCAAGCACAGACGUGGGCAGAAGUAGUUCCGUUUAUUGACGAACACGGAGUCGUACGUGUCGGAAGUCGGAUUGGAAGCGCACCGCACAUUCCCUACGCAACAAAGUAUCCCGUAGUGCUGUCGAGAGACCAUCGCAUUACCUUCCUACUGGUACAGUCGGUUCAUCGCCGGUUCUUGCAUGCUAACGGAGAAACUGUUUGUAACGAGCUGCGGCAAGAGUUUUACAUCCCGAAGCUUCGGGUGUUCGUGAAAAAAGUGAGUCGAAGUUGUCAGUACUGCAAGGUGAAGAAAUCAGCUCCCAGGCCACCAUUGAUGGGACCUCUGCCGAGAGUACGCCUAACCCCAUUCAUUCGGCCAUUCACGUUCGUCGGUGUAGAUUACAUGGGACCCCUCGAAGUAAGAGUUGGACGCUGCGUCGCAAAACGGUGGAUUUGUUUGUUUACAUGCCUCACGGUGCGAGCAGUCCAUCUGGAGCUGGUCCACAGUCUUUCGUCUGCAUCUUGCGUGAUGGCAUUCAGAAGAUUUGUAGCCAGGCGGGGAGCUCCACAGGAGGUAUUUUCGGACAACGGAACAAAUUUUGUGGGAGCCAAUCGCCAGUUGUCAGAGGAGAAGCAGAAAAUUCGGGACAUUGUUCAAGACUGCGCCGCCACAUUUACCAAUGCAAAUACUCAGUGGCAUUUUAACGUUCCUGCGGCUCCGCAUAUGGGAGGACCAUGGGAACGCAUGGUGAAGUCGGUGAAGGUAGCGAUGAAAGCUGUGUCGGAUAGCACACGUCACCCUAGCGACGAGGUGUUGGAGACCAUCAUGCUGGAGGCCGACGCAAUUGUCAACUCACGACCGCUGACUUAUGUUUCUUUGGAGGCAGAGGACGACGAAGCGCUCACCCCAAACCACUUCCUUCUAUACGGACGGACUGGGUUGAAGCAACCGAUAACGGAACCUGUUCAGGGAAACAUUCUGCGAGACAGCUGGAAACUAGCGCAGCAUAUCAUCGACGAUUUCUGGCGCAGAUGGGUGCGGGAAUAUCUCCCGAUGUUGACGAGGCGAACGAAGUGGUUCGAACCAGUGAAGCCGUUGAAACCAGGUGAUCUAGUCGUGAUCAUCGAUGAACAGGCGAGAAAUCGAUGGGAACGAGGGCGUAUACUGGAGACGUUUCCAGACAAAUCCGGACAAGUUAGACGUGCCACAGUGCAGACAGCUAGAGGAGUGCUUGCUCGACCCGCGGUAAAGCUAGCGGUACUGGACGUCACCGGCAAAGCGGAUACGGAUGUAGUGACUCCGGAAACGGAAGUGGUUCACGGGUCGGGGAAUGUCGCCGAAACCCCCCGUUGCGGCGAAAAGGGGUGUGAACAACAAACCGUUUCAUAUCGAGCGAAAAGGGCCGAGCGAACAAAAUGA